AGGAAUAUCUGCGCUACAAUAUCUGCGCCGAUUGCCGUAAUUUAUUAAAUUGAUUUUUACUAACGUACUGAAUUUAUUUUACUUACUUUAUACUUCGUGUUUGGUCGUUCUACCGCGAGCUUGGCUAGUUAAUAAAAAUGCCUUCACGUUUCGAUGUUGUAGAGCAAGGCUCUCCGAUUGAGGUUUUUCAACUCACAAAAUUGUUUACGGAAGAUUCAUUUCAAAAGAAAGUUAAUUUAAGCGUCGGCGCAUACAGAGAUGAAAAUGGAAAGCCAUGGGUACUGCCCGUGGUCCGCAAGAUGGAGAGUGCACUUGCAGCCGACCCAACCCUCCUUCAUGAGUAUUUACCAGUCCUUGGUCUGGAAGACUUCACGCAGGCCUCAGUGUCAGUGCUUCUCGGCCAAGACAACCCCGUGCUAGCCGAAGGACGUACGUUCGGUGUCCAAUGUCUGUCUGGUACGGGUGGCCUUCGCGUCGGCGCCGAAUUCCUGAGCAAGCACCUCAAAUACACCACAUUCUAUUACCCAAAUCCCACAUGGGAAAACCACAUCCUAGUCUUCACGAAUGCCGGUUUCACAAAGCCUCGCGCUUAUCGCUACUGGAAUUCGAAAACUCGCGCCAUAGACUUCGACGGCAUGAUCGAGGACUUGAAGAGUGCGCCGGAGAACUCUGUCAUCAUUCUGAAUGCGUGCGCGCAUAACCCUACCGGCAUGGAUCCUACACCCGAACAGUGGGAAAAGAUUGCUGAUGUCAUGGAGGAAAACAAACUGUUCCCGUUCUUCGACAGCGCGUACCAAGGUUUCGCGUCAGGUGAUCUCGAUAAGGAUGGUUACGCUGUUCGCUACUUCGUGAAACGAGGAUUCGAGCUGGUCUGUGCGCAGUCUUAUGCUAAGAACUUCGGACUUUACAACGAGCGUGUGGGUAACUUAGCAUUCGUGAUAAACGACCCGAAGCUAGUGCCUGCAAUUAAGUCACAAGUGACGUGGGUCGUUCGUGGAAUGUAUUCGAACCCGCCAGCGCACGGCGCUCGAGUUGUGGCUGCAGUCCUGAAGAACCAACAGCUAUUCGAUGAAUGGAAAGAUAACAUCAAAACAAUGGCGACUAGAGUGAAGCAAAUGAGAGAAGCGUUGAGAGCUGAACUUAUUAAAUUGGGUACACCCGGCAACUGGGACCACAUAGUAAAACAAAUCGGUCUCUUCUCAUUCACUGGGCUGACCCAACGCCAGUCGGAGUACUUGAUUCAGGAAUACCACAUCUACUUAUUGCGAUCAGGCCGCAUCAAUAUUUGCGGCUUGAACCCCUCUAACGUUGCAUACGUCGCCAUGGCUAUGAAUGACGCAAUCAAUAAGUUCCCUGAAGACCAGUAAUUUUCAAUUUCUUUUAUUUUUUAUGGCCCAGGGAGCUUGGCUGUUCUACCCAUUUGUUUUUUCAAGGCUUUGGAGAAUUGUGUUUAUGUCUUUGGUUAAUUGGUGGACGCGAGAUCAUUGGUUGCUUGGACUAAUUUCAGCAACGUAUAAUUAAGAGAACGUGUUUGUGGUGCUGCCGUAUCAUUAUUCAUUGGUUUUAUAUUUGACAAAUGCUGGAUAACCAAUGGAAGUUGAACUCAUGCCCAUGUCGUUUUUUCUUCUAUAUUCAAACUGAUUGAAUUGAAACAGGAUUAACUUAAAAUUAACUUGGUGUAUUUUGUCUAUUUUUUUUUUCAAGGAAUUGCCGGGAUUGUUAUAUAUAUAUGCACGAGAGCAAAUGGAAGUAAUUUCAACUAUCCGAUGAUACUUUCGGGGUGUUGCAUACGAGGUAUCUAUAAAUGUUAUUAAUACGAAGUAGACAGUUCAAAUGUUAGUAUCGCGUAGAUGUUCUCGUAUAUUAAUUUAUUCUAGGAUAAUGAAAAAGUAAAUCAAAAUAGAUACUCUUGAAAAGUAGAAAUUGUUCCGAAUUUCUACACGUAGAAAGUAACAAAUUUGCCUUUGGCCUCGUUGGUAAACGUAUGUAGAUUUUUUUUAACACAUAUUACAUUAACAAUACACAUGCAUAUGUGUUGAUGACUAGCGCCAUUGCAGGGCCUUGGAACACCUUCCAGCCCUUGUCUACUUACUGGUUCUUUCAUAUUUUAUUUUUACAGGGAGGAUUUUCUCCUUGCUUUGAAAUAUAAGAUAAAUGAACUAUGUCGUGAUGCUGACAAAUCGCAUAGUAAAAACACGUGGCAGACAAAAGUAUAAUGGAUCUAACUUAAAGACGUUAACACCACUCUUAAAUCUUAUGAUGGAAUGUUUUGCAAUCACAGCUGAAUGUUGCCAUAAUGAAAAAAAAAGGUUCAUAAAAAUAUACAAAUAGUGUAUAGUUUACAUUUUAGGUAAAGAUAUAAUAUAUGCACAACAUUUUUGUUACUAAGAGAUAUAUUAUAUUAGAAUAAAAUCUAUAUAUUAGAUGUCGUAACACCAAGGUCAGAUUACUAAUUAAUAAUAAUUGCGUGGUUAUUGUAGUAACAAUGUGUUCCUAUUUAAUACCAAAACGUUGCCCAAUUACCAACAACAAGAAUAAAAAAGGGCAAAAAGAAGAAAAGAAAAGCAAUAAAAAUAACUGUUUUUUUUGUAAUAAAAUGUAAACAUCGUUCGAGGCUGUGAAACGAUUGACAAGAACUUGUAAAUAAUGAAAGAAAGAAAAAUUAAAUCUCGGUAUUUUAUAAAUUAUAAA